AUGGGCAGAGGCAAGGGAGGCAGUUCUAGCAACUCUUAUACCUACACAGGCUCGGGAACCAACACCCAGGGCAACCACUACUGCUCUCGCGACUACGGCACCUCUGGCACCGGAUACCACUAUUCCAACUCUAACGGAAGUUACUACUACAGCAACCCUAACGGCUCGACGUACUACAACAGCGGUAGUGGAUACUCGCAGUACACCUCCUCCAACGGGUACACCAACAGGUCGUACGGAAAGUGA